AUGACAUUUUUCAAUAUUUAAUUUUUCAAAAAGUAACAAGAAGUAAAUAAUAAAAUAAAAGAAUAAAAUAAAAAAUUUAAACCCAUUUUAUUCCCCCAUACUCAGAUAAUAUAUAAAGGCAUAAUAUAAAAAAAAUAACAUUUAUAAAAUUUAAAAAAUACAUAUGUAAUAUAAAAUAAUAUAUCUUAAAAAAAAGGAGAUUAAUAUUUUCGCACAUUAUGGUCAUAUAUAGAUUAAGCAAAAACCUAUGCAUGGUUAACAACUUAUGCAUUUAAUGAUUCUCCAACUUCAAAUUUUACUUUUAAAAAAUUAAUAUAAGCCCAAAAGCGAGGAGUAAACGUAGUAUUAUUUGUUGACGAUUUAUAAAAUAAUAUAAAUAAAGAACUUAUAUAAUAAUUAAUAAAGGCUGGUGGACAAUUUAAAUCCUUAAAUCCAACAUGGUCCGAAUUAUAUAAGAACGUAAGUAAUCAGGAAUUCUUUAGAAGACACCAUGAAAAGCUAUUUAUAGUCGAUAAUUUCGCAAUAAUAGAUUUUCAGCAUAUUUUAAAAUGGACAUGGCCCCCAGAAAACAGAGGGAUUUAAGACGAGAUAAUAAACUAAAUAAACCAUUCAAAAUUUCGAAUUAAAUUUAUUCAGCCAUAUUAUUAUCCAAUGAAAGAGUUCGAUGAUUAUUUAAUAAAAGCUUUAUAAAGAGGCGUCGAAGUGGAAAUUAUAACUUCUUAAAAUCGAGAUUAGCCCGCAUAUUAAAAAUUAUCGAAUAAAAAUUUAAUGAAAAAUCUAACAGAUGAAGGGUGUAAAGUAUAUGAAAUUACUGACAGACUUUUGCAUAUGAAAGCUUAUAUUAUUGAUGAUAAAUAUUUCACUUUGGGAUCUUUAAACAAUGAUAGAUGGAGCUGGAGAAUCAAUAAUGAGUUGAAUAUAUUCGUUUAAAGUGAAAAAGAAACUAAAAAAGUAUAUGAGUUAUAUAAUCAUGUUAAAUAGUAAUCAAAUGCACUUUUCGAAAGUAAAAAAGAGCAUGGAUAUUUGAGACUUUUUAAGGCAAAGAUGUGGGGGUUAUUCCUUUAUUUAAGUGAGUGUUAAAUGAGUAAACAUCUAGUUUUAGGAAACGAUGGUAAGUGGAAUAUUGAUAUUUAAGAAAAAAAUAAAAACAAUGAUUAUUGGAAAAGGUUUUAAUGA